AAAAAGAAGAAGAAGAACGCUCAAUGGAGAAAAAACGUGUCCCGAAGUGGCAAAUCACGCGACGAGUCUCUUCUUCUUCUUCUUCUUCAUGCGUUUUCUCCUUCCUUCUUAAAAGCUCUCUUCUUCCUCCUCCUCUUUUACCAAUACAUCUAUUAACUCUCUCUUCCCUCUUCAUCAAGUUUCUCGAGGAGAGUGAAGAAUUUGGUUUUAAUUAUUCUUUGAUUACCCUUUUUGUGGUGUGGUUUUCGUUAUUUCGAGGAGUGAUAAUAAUACCGUUAUGAGUCAUCACUUUACAUGUGUUUGAUCAAUUACUCUUAAUUCACUUUCUGGGUUUCUUCCUUUGAAUCUCUCCUCAAAGAAAAGAAAAGAAAAAUGAAGGAGGAACAAACAAGAUCUCUGUUUGGAAUCUCUUUGUCUGAUAAACCAACUUGGCAACAGUUUCUCAUUUGCACUUCUGGUUUCUUUUUUGGUUAUCUCGUUAACGGUGUUUGCGAGGAAUAUGUUUAUAAUCGUCUUCAAUUUAGCUUUGGGUGGUAUUUCACGUUUAUACAAGGAUUUGUCUACUUGUUUCUAAUCUACCUUCAAGGCUUUACCACAAAGCAUAUAGUUAAUCCGAUGAGAACUUAUGUCAAACUCUCUGCUGUUCUCAUGGGUUCACAUGGUUUAACCAAAGGAUCUUUGGCUUAUCUCAAUUAUCCAGCUCAAAUCAUGUUCAAAUCCACCAAGGUGUUACCGGUGAUGAUAAUGGGAGCGUUUAUACCCGGUCUUAGAAGAAAAUACCCAGUCCAUGAAUACAUUUCAGCGUUCUUGCUUGUUCUUGGUUUGAUCCUAUUCACAUUAGCCGAUGCGCAAAUGUCUCCAAAUUUCAGUAUGAUUGGGAUUAUGAUGAUAACCGGUGCAUUGAUCAUGGAUGCUUUCUUGGGUAAUCUGCAAGAAGCUAUCUUCACAAUGAAUCCUGAGACAACUCAGAUGGAGAUGCUUUUCUGCUCAACAGUUGUUGGAUUACCGUUCUUGUUCGUUCCCAUGGUUUUAACCGGAGAGGUUUUUCGUGCGUGGACUGCGUGUGCACAAUCGUCCAUUUUAAGUGAAAGUGACAAAGAGUGGAACCUUUUAUUUGGCUUUGAAAGUACUUCUAUAGAUUUGACUCGGUUUAUGAUUCAAACCGGAGUUGGACUCAGUUUAGAGAAAAAGUCAAAAUUUGUAGGAUUCUUGCAUCCGUAUGUGUAUGGAGUGCUUGUAUUUGAAGCCAUGGCCACAUUUAUCGGUCAAGUCUCCGUUCUCUCGCUUAUUGCUCUCUUUGGAGCCGCCACAACUGCCUUGAUAACAACGGCUAGGAAAGGGGUUACAUUGUUGCUGUCGUAUUUGAUAUUCACAAAGCCGUUAACGGAACAGCACGGAUCAGGCUUGCUGUUGAUAGCAAUGGGGAUUGUAUUGAAGAUGGUUCCAAUGGAUAGUAAAGCUCCGGCCAAGAUUCCGGCGAGACCAGCGGUUAGGAUCGCAGGAGGCGAUGGUGAUAGAGAAGAGGACGAAGAAAGGAAGUCAUUGGUUUGAGAAUGUGCCAUGUAUUUAUAUAUAUUUUAUCUCACAAAUUCAAAGGGUUUAUAGAAUAAUGUUGGAUGAAGGAGACACAAAAUAGAGUUAAAGUUGUGUCAGAGACUUGUUAUUAGAUUCUAAAGUGAAAUUGC